AUGUCGGAACAGGAGGCAAAACCCUCAACAGGAGACUUGGGGAAUAAGAAGGAAGGAGGAUACAUUCAACUCAAAGUCAUUGGACAGGACAGAAGUGAGAUUCACUUCAAAGUGAAAAUGACAUCUCACCUCAAGGAACUCAAAGAAUCAUGCUGUCUAAGACUGGGAGUUCCAAUGAACUGGCUCACGUUUCUCUUGGAGGGUCAGAGAAGUGCUGAUAAUCACACUCCAGAAGAACUGGGAAUGGAGGAGGAAGAUGUGAGUGAAGUUUAUCAGGAACAACAAUAG